GAUAGAUCUAGAAGAGAAGAACAAUGAUCUCCCUGACUGGGAUUCUCAGUCUCCUCUCAGCUCUUGCUGCCACAAGUUACGCUCUCUCGUGUACGCAGUGUGUGUCUACUACAUCCUACUCAUGUUCGGGCAGCAGUGUGACUUGUCCUCCAGGAUAUCGGUGCGGAUCCGCAUAUACAGAAAGCUCUGUCAGUGGAGAAAGGGUAUCUGUAUCAUUGUUCAGAGCAUGUAUAGCGUCACAUGAGUGUAAUUUCAAUGGCAGCCUAAGCAUACAGCACGGAAAAGCCAAGAGGGUCACUUCAUGCUGCAACACCAACCACUGUACUCCUACUAUUCCUCCAUUCCCAACACAAAGCUCUGACCCCAAUGGAGUGGUCUGCCGUUCCUGUAUCUCUGCCGACUCUACCUGGUGUUACACUUCAGAUACCAUACAAUGCACAGGGGAUGAGAAUAUGUGUCUUCUGCAGACAACAAAAAUAAGAGGAUCAGUCUCAGCUUCAACAGCCGUUCGGGGGUGCGGAACAAAAUCCUUGUGUGAUCUUGGCGGACAGCUCCCAGACAUUUCAGGAUUGUCACUUAAAACGGAGUUUAUCUGCACCAGUGAUGGAAUAAGGGUCUGUCGAGUGGUCCUGACUCCAGCCAUUAUGUGUCUUCUGCUGCUGAAAUGGUCCUUCUAACUUAACAGCUAUUAAAGGGGUACUCUGGUGAAAAACUAUUUGUUUUUUAAAUCAACCGGUGCCAGAAAGUUAAAGGGGUUAUCCAGGAAAAAACU